AUGGCGGAGAGUCAUGUCCUUGCGAACGCGACCAACGUUUCCAUCAAGGAUUCGCAUUUUCAUACAAACGCCAUUCAGACUCAUUAUCAGCCAGAGCUACGUACCCCCCUCAAAGGACUGGACUUUCUCUUCAACAAAAGCGCACCUAGCGCCCGUGUAGACUCGAAUGCGCGUUACGACGCGCCAAGAUGCGACGAAGGAACUCGCGAGGCUAUCAUUCAAAGAAUCAUGGAAUGGAUCGAGAGCGACGAAGAUUGGGCGUCCGCACUCUGGCUCCACGGACCAGCUGGGUCGGGGAAGUCGGCUUUGGCUCGUACAAUUGCAGAGCUCUGUGCAGCAAAAAGGAUACUUAUGGCCACCUUCUUCUUUGCCAGGAUAAGGACGGACCGAAUUAUCGACGGAAACCUCCUGAUACCUACCUUGGCCUACCAGCUCGCCGAGCAGAUGCGCCUACCUCGAGCAUCUAUCAAGAGGUGCCUCCUCCAAGACCGCAGCAUUUUUCACAAGACGAGAGAACUGCAGAUGAAGGGGUUGGUUAUCAACCCCUUGAGCACGUAUCUGUCCCACCUCGAGUAUCGCUACAAGCGGCUCAUUCAGAAAGGCCCACCUCAACUAAUCGUCAUUGAUGGCCUCGACGAGUGCCUUGGGAAGGAUAUUCAGCGCGACCUGGUACGCGUCCUCGGUCAGGCGGUUCAGACCCUCCGCCUUCCAAUUCGUUUCCUUGUCGCGAGUCGACCGGAGAGCCAGAUUCGAGAAAUGUUUGUCACUCAAGGAGUCUUCGAUGCCGUUCGCCUCACCACCUUUGACCUCGGAAAGGAUCCUAAUACCACAAAUGAUAUUCGAACGUAUUUGGAAGUUCAGUUCACAAAAAUAAGGAAUACACACACAAUCCGCGACGAAAUCCCGGCGUCAUGGCCUUCGCGCGAAGACAUUGCGACACUCGUAGAAAGGGCCUCUGGUCAAUUCAUUUUCGUUUCAACCGUGGCUGGAUACCUCGGUUCCUCCAAACAGAACCCCGUCAAACGCCUCAACAUCAUCAUCGAACGCUUGUCGCCUCCUGCGCCUGAUAGACCUUAUAGCCAGUUGGAUUUACUGUACCAACUGAUCUUCUCGUCUGCAGAAGAGUCAGGGGUAGACAUUUAUGCCGUGCUCCGUGUCUUGGGCAUCUUGAUUGUUGCACGACCUGAAGGUGCCCUCGAUGGCUUAUACUCAACCUAUGCCGGCAUUGCAGGCAUUUUGAGCAUCACCUCGGGUGAUGUUGUCCUACUUCUUGACGAGUUUGUGUCUCUCAUCGAGCUCCCACCGCUUCAGAGCACACUUCCAAUCAGAAUUCUACACGCCUCUUUAGCUGACUUCCUUCUUGACGGCUCGAGGUCAGGUAGGUUUUAUGUCGACGUGCACCAGAUUCAUGGAGUCCUUGUCUCGCAUUACUCGAAGAAGAUUCAUCAUCUCUCUGAAAUGACGCCUGCGACACAUCGGGAUAGCUUGAAGCAUUUUUUUCUCCCUUUGCUCAUGCACUGGAGAGACGCUGACAUGCUGAAGGAACACGGCGACCUCCAUAGUGUCAUGUCGCGCAUCUCUGAAGCAAUGGUUUUUCUAUGUGAGUGUCCCGAAUCCUGCGAAGAUGUCCUUUGGACAAUGUAUCAGAAGGCUAUAUCAACCCAUCAGCUGCGGAUAUCGACCGGAAUGCUAGAACAACACGCCCAGAUUGCCCCGAGGCAGCCCGUUAUCGUCACAAUAUCUCUUCGUUCCCCGCCGAGUGUCUGGGGGUCCCUCGAUUCUCAGCUAUUCCCUUCACGGACUAUUACACGGCGUAUAGGGAAGCGUGGUCCCGAAAUGUCUCUUAUACGAGCAGUAGAUUUCAGAGGAGUUUCGACUGUCGCCGGCAAAGACGAGAUAAUCGUGAUUGAGAUUUCUUUAGCAUCACCUGUUCGCUGUGAAGCUGUGCUCGAAUGGUUAAAAAGGCUCGAAAAGGCACGAAUUAUUUUUUCAGGGGUCCUUUUUCAUGAAGACAUCACCUCCAAACUAGGUGUGGUUGAGCCGGCUGGCAUUUAUGUUCAAUUUUUUAGGCAUUGUCUUUCACUUUGCCCCGUUGCGAUUAUCCUGGAGAAGUGCCAGCACGGGCUGCUUCCCAUACCAGGACGUGAGUCGCCCGACGCCGAUCAGCUCCUGAUGCCCUGGACGCGAGCGGCUCAAGGGCACCAAUGUCUUCUUUGGUGUCUAAGAACGUGGCAAACCGCGGGCGAGAUCCUGGUGAGCAUAUUAUUAGAAAGUAGAAUGUGGGGCCAGAGCUAUCAACACGGCUUUGACGAUCAGAACACCUUUCCGACAUUAAGGGAAAUCAAUAUUGACAUUAGAACAUACCUCGAGAUCCAGUUCGCAGCCAUCCAAGACGCACAUCGCUUGCGAGAGGAAAUACCCGCUGUAUGGCCAUCGCCGGAGGAUAUCACGAUCCUUGUUGAGAGGAUAUCUAACCAGCUAAUCGCCUCCACCGCAAUUGCGUACAUCGGGUCCCCUAAACACAACCCUGUCAUCCGUCUAACAACCCUCCUCGAGCAUCUGCCGCUUGCUGCAACCGAUGCAGUGGGAAGGCAGUUUGAUUCUCUUUAUCGCCUGGUCUUCUCUUCUGCGGAAGAGUCGGGGAUCGAUGUCAAAGAAAUCCUCUUAGUCAUGGGCGUGUUGAUUGUUGAGCGGCCUGAAGGUGCCCCCAACGACCUCUACAGCACAUACUCGGGCAUUGCAGGUGUCCUGAAAAUAUCUCCUGGAAAUGUUGUCCUUUACCUCAAGGAAUUGGCAGCUUUCAUUGAACUCCCACCUCACGAGAGCAUGCUUCCAAUCACAAUUAUACAUGCUGCCUCUCUAGCAGAUUUCCUCCUCGAUCCCGCGCGAGCUGGUCGAUUCUACGUCGACAUGGGCCCCAUUCAUGAGGCACUUGCUUUGCAUUACCAGGAACAAACCCAUGCGCGCAUCUCCAAAAUGAGUUGCUCUACGCAUUGCGCUGACUUGAAACAAUACUUCUUUCCUCUUAUCUUUCACUGCAGGAAGACUGGAAUUUCAGAACUCAAUCAUCACUUCUGGGGUUCCAUAUCGUUCCUCUCGACCGCCGUGAUUAUGCUUUGCCAGUGCCCUGAACCAUGCUACGACCUCGUCGAGGAAAAGCUCAUUGAAAACGAUCCAGUAUCUCCAAUGCUGCCAGAAUGGAUCGAGCACUGUACAAAGCAGCACUUUGCCAUUCUGUCAGUGACCGCGACCUCCAGUUUGCCGCCCUAUAUCUGGAAUACGAUUGACUCGCCAUACUCCCUACAUACAAGAACGAGACGGAUUGGAACAAACACCCCCGAGAUGUCUCGCAUCAGAUCAGUUACCUUUGAGGGGGUCAAAUCUGCAAUUUGCUCGAAAUUAAUUGGCGAAGAUGAGAUAAUCGUCAUCGAAAUACCUUCACUGUUGCCUGGUCGGUGCGCAGCAAUGCUUGACUGGCUUAAAGGGCUGCAAAAGAGACAGAUCCAAAUUUGUGGGGUUCUCUUCUGCCAGAAUCCCACCUCCGAACCAGAUGAGAGCUAUCAGGAACUUCUCCGUUACUUUCACACGAUUUGCCCUGUUGCACUUCUCUGGCCAAGAGUGGCACCCCACAAGCUGCCGAAGGAAGACAGUGUUGAAAAGGCUCUGACGAUCUGGCGACAGGCAACUCUAAUCCACGGAACACUGCUAUGGUGUAAGUAUCAGGGAACAGAGGAAAGUGCAUGUCAAAUCCUGCUGGAUAUGUUGCUAGAGAAUAAUAACUGGAGUCAGAACAAUUACCAGCACUCGGCUUGGAAGGAAAUAGGGAUAGUCAAAGGCCGUAGCCCGUAA